GUUGUGAAGUGACAUUUCCAGAGCUCUGCUUUAAUAAAAGGCCACAAGGAGCGGAAGGGGCUUGUUCAUAAUCUUGUGCCCUGCUUUGCUUGUGGAGCUGUGGAAAAUAACGACUUUGCAUCACUACAACAGUUUCUGGAGAAGAUGGAUGUUAGCUGUGGCGAGUACGAUGGCAUCAGUCCCUUACACAGAGCUUGUGAGUUGGGGAAGCUAGACAUGGUGAAGUACCUACUGGCUAAUGGAGCCUCCCCUCAGUUGUUGGACCGCUUUGGAAACACCCCCCUACAACUGGCUAUCAAAAACAGCCACUGGGAUGUUGUCAAGUUCAUGCGCAUGAAAGGCGCCACUGUGAAAAUGCAGUCAGUGAGAGUUGCCAUGGAGCUGAUACAUGCAGUUACAAAGAAGGAUUAUGAUCUGCUACAUGCCUGGUCUUUGUCUGGUGUCGACAUGGACAGUAAGGACUACAAUGGUCGCACUGUCAUGCACCAAGCAGUCAGACUGAAAGAUGAAGCAAUGGUUCGAAGACUACUUAAGUAUGGGGCAACACCACUGGAAAAAGAUGUGUGGAGGGAGACAGCACUGGACCAGGCCCGUAAUGAGAUGGCCAUCUUGUCACUGUUUGAUCCUCUCUUCACCAAACACUUCCCCACAAAGCAGGCCUACCUGCAGCAGAAGACAUAAAGAACAUACAAAUUCAUCGUGAUACUUGCUGCCUCUAUACUUACAUCAUCUCCCUCUUUCCUGUUCUUUCUCACCACUGUAUUUAUAUUUCUACCUUUCACUGUUCAUUUGAUUUUUUUCUAGAGGACUACAAUUACACUAACAAUAAAUUUGUGAAAUGUUAUAUAAUGUAUUUUGUGUUAAGAUGUUUGUGUAAUUCAUACAAUAAAAUUAAUUGGGAAUAUA